AAAAACUGAACUAUUAAAAUUUCUAUAUAAAAAAAAAAUAAAAAAAAAACAUUACAAGCUGAUAUCCACAGAACGUUCCAGUAAAUUUUUAGUGUUUUUAAGCUAUUCCAGCCUUUAACAGGAAAAUGUCGUAUAAAAAUUUAAAAUACGUUUCAUUACGUGUUAUAACAACAUUGGCAUUGAAUUUGGCCUUUGUAACUCUAAAUCAUGGGCAGAGAGUAAAAGCACAAAAAAAUUCUACCACCGCUCUAUUGGAUUUGAAACCUAUAACUGAUCUUUUGCCCUUGGAUAUUAUUAAGCCCGUUCGAGAUUUGAUGAAAACUUUGCCUGCUUUACAUCAACUUCUAGUGCUGUUCGUAGAGUUACUGGAAAAAAUUGUCCCUUUAUUAAAGGAUGUUGUACGUAGUACCGGAGGCUUAUUACAAAUUAUUGGCCGUGUUUUGGAUUUGUGAAUAUUUUAUAAAAAUAGCACUCGGAUGAAAUGAUAUAAUUAAAAUAAAAAAAGAAAAAUAAAAUUGAA